AUGGAAAAGUCUAGGAAGAAAUUUAUUGAUGUGAUAGAUAAGGCAAUAGUUGCUGGUAAUACAAUGGAUCGUGAAGAACUGCUUUUUUCUUACAAGGGGAUUCUCUACCCUGUUGCUCUUUGUAGUCUUGAAGUGUUCAGAGCCAUGGAGUCCUUUGAAGCCAGAAGUGAUGAUGUCAUUUUGGCAGGAUACCCUAAAUCUGGUACAAACUGGGUAGGUCAGAUCUUAAGUGAUCUGGUGGCUACAUUUGAAAAGAAAAGUCUUGAUGAAGGAAAAAGUGGUAAUGAUGAAGAUCUAGAAGAAUUUCCGUAUCUUGAAAUUGGAGAUACUGAGAAAUAUGAGCGAAUGAAGAAGUUACGUUCUCGAAGAGUUAUAUUUACUCAUCUUGCUCCUGGCAAUCUUCCAAAGUCUAUCUUCAAAAAUAAAGCCAAGAUAUUGCUGCUGAUUCGCAAUCCGAAAGAUGUAGCUACAUCAUUUUUCCAUUUUUCCAAUGCCUUAUCUGCUAUACCCUCCUAUGAGACCUGGGACGACUUCUUCGUAGCUUUCAUGACAGAGAAAAUGCCCUGGGGAUCCUACUUCCAUUACCUUUCUGAAUGGAACAAGUAUGCUGAUGAUGAAAAUGUUAUGACAAUAACUUAUGAAGAACUAAAAGAGAAUCGAGCUCUGGGAGUGAAAAACAUUGCUUCUUUCUUUGGGAUUUCCCUGACUGGGGAAGAGCUUCAGGGUGUGGUGGAGAGGAGCAGUUUCCAGUCCAUGAAGGAGAACUCACUGAAGACCCAUGGGGCUCUGGGCAGCAUGCUCUUUCGCAAAGGUGGUGUAAGUGACUGGAAGAAUCUUUUCACUGAAGAGCAGAAUGAGAAAAUGGACAAAGAAUUUGAAGAACGUAUAGCAAGAACAAAACUAGGAACAAAGUUAAAGUAUGAAGUGUACUGCAAAGCCUGAAGAGUAAUAAAAUGUGG